UACAGAUAAAUAACUACAGUGAUGGAAAAUUACGUAUUGUUCGUUCACAGCGAACAAAGAAUAUUGUUAUAUGAUAAAUAUGUUAGAAGAAAGUAUCUUAACUAAAUAGAGCGAUUACAGCUUUGCUUGCUAUUGAUUAAAUAAUGAGUUAUUAUAAACUUUGGAUAUUUACCUAAUGAUCACUAUGCUAACAUAUGUUUGUAAUCUUAUAUAAGGACCUCCCACCCUUAAGAAAUUCAGUUGUUGUUAUUGUUGUUGUCCAGUUGCAGUUGCUCUACAAUUACUGAGCUGUUCAGUAGCUAUUAUCAUAGUGCUAAUCUCUAGUCUAAGUCAAUUUUAUACUCUUUAUUAAAACUUAUAAAUAUUCUUCGGCGAUCUUUUCUUCUGACGACCCGAACAUUACAAAUUGGUGUCAGAAGUGACGGAUUUCGUAUCCUGAUAAUAAAAUUCAACGGGUCAACCAAGGAAACAUCGACAAGCAGAUCGUAACCACAUUGGUACGUGUUUGUACGAAAUACCUUAGAAGCAAGACGCACAACGAAGUAAAAAUCAAAUUCGAGUCAGUAGUCGAGACACAUUUACCCUCGAUACUCGUCUAAGAUUUGUUUAAGAAGAGUGAAAUUGGAGUUCUUCAAAGAUUAUUUCAUCUUUACUCAUCCAAGACUUAGAAGAUAGCACAGCACUGCACCAGCGGUUCUUCGUUAUACCUUGGCAGUUACUACCACGGCGUGACUACGAGCCCUACAACGAAGUAACAAGCAAAAGGAACAUCUCCGCAAUAUAAAACUAGACAAGUAAGUUAUAUUGUGUAUUUAAAAUUUAUGUAACAUUUUGAAAGUUAUAAAAUAUUUUAAGUUAUAAAAAAUAAUUAAAGUUAAAUAUUUUUGUAAAAAUGUCUACUUCAGAAGAUAUUAAAAAUAAUGGAUUUAUCGAUAUUAGUCUGGCAGAAAGAAUGAUACAAAGAUAUAAUGGUGAUAAGGCAAAUUUGCAUGUUUUUAUUGAUAACUGUAAUAAUGCGUAUAAUUUAUUAAAUCCAAUAUACAGAAUUGCGUUUGUGUCAGUAGUGUUAUCGAAAAUAGAAGGAAAUAUUAGGUCGACAUUAUUAAACCGAACAUUUAAUUCAUGGGAUGCUCUGAGAGAACAUCUAUUAGAAAAUUAUUCCGAAAAACGAACAUUUGCACAAUGGCAAUUAGAAUUAAAUUCAUGUAAACAAGGACAUAAUGAGCCAGUUUUAAAUUAUUCAAAUAGAGUUGAAAAUUGUUUCAUUAAAUUAAUUAAAUCACUUAAUCCAAAAUUAACAAAGGAAGCGCGAGAGGCAAAUAUAGACUUAUUGAAAAGUCAAGCAUUAAAUAUUUUUAUAAGUGGUCUCAUACCUCAAUUACAUAUAUUAUUAAAAUCACAAAAACCUUCCAACUUUGAGGAAGCCGUGUCUAUAGCCAUAUCUGAAGAGCAAGAAAUAAAAUCGCGUCAAGAAAUGAGCUCAAAACAUUUUGAAAUUAAUAAAACAAAGCGUUGUUCGAAUUGCCAUAUGUUAGGACAUUUAUCAUUUCAGUGUAGAAAACAACCCAUGAUUAGGUCCGUUCAAACCAAUAGAAUACCUACAUGUUUCAAUUGUAAUAAGAAAGGACAUGUGUCACGAGAUUGUUGGUUCAACAAACCAAAUUCUAAUAAUUUUAAUAAUUUCAAACAAAAUACUCAGUUUAACAACAAACCGACACGUUAUCAACAUAAUUAUAAUAAUCAACGACCAAAUUCUUAUAAUAAUAAAUUUCGUGGUACAAAUAAUGUAAACAACGCGUCCGAUACUUUAAACUCCAAAGGUCCCAGGAUGCCGGUCGAUCCCAGGACAACCAAUUAAAAUCAGGCC